AUGAGGGAAUUUAAAUACGAUGUUAUUGCAUUAAUUCAUGCUGUACAAGAACGUCCAUGUCUUUGGGAUAAGACAUCAGAAAUUUAUAAAGAUCGACUAGAAAGAAGAGCAGCAUGGGAACAAGUAUUUACCUUAUUAGAAGAGAAAUACGAGGAAAUGUCGUCACAAGAAAAAAGAUUUACUGGGGAACAUAUUCUGAACAAAUGGACAAAUAUUCGUGAUACUUUCGUUAAGUCAUUGAAAUCGAAAGCUGGCAGACCGCGAAGGAAAUACCUGCUUUACGAUCAUCUAAAAUUCCUAAUCAAAGUAACAGCCACCGAAGAAGACUGCACAGAAUAUAACAACGACGAAUCCUAUAUUUAUAUGAAACCCGAAAAACUAAGUCCUCAAGAACCGUCUAAGAAAAGAUCAAAGAAAUCAGAAUACGAUGAACCAAAACAGAAAGAAUAUGAUAAAAAUGAUAUGGAUUUCGUUGAAGUUGAUGAAUGUAAUGAUCCUAGAAUAAUGAAUGAGGAUGAAGCUUUCUUCGCGUCACUACUGCCCUCUGUCGUGAAAUACAAUGAAGAUGAGAGACUUGAAUUCCGUAUGGAAGUAUUGGCUAUCAUGAAAAGGAUAAAGGACAAACGGAAAUGGACCAAUGACUUUUAA